GCAGAUCCUCGAAGUCAUGGUCCUCUCCGCCCUUGCACCGCUCUCGCUCGGCUUCCACGCGCCGAUGACGGCCGUCGCGCCGGCGUCGCGUGCCGCCGUCCGCAUGCAGGUCGGCUACGUCGCGCCGACCGCGCCCGGCGUCGCCGAGACGCCCCUCGCGCGGGGCAACGCGCCCCUCGGCAUCGACUCCUCCAUCCUCGUCCAGGGCGGCUCGCUCCGCACCUGGUCGUACCGCUCGCCGUCAGUCGAGCAGGUCCAAGUGGUCCUCAGCACUGAGGGCCGCCCGCUGGACGCGGACAUCGAGCUGUGGCAGGGGCCGGACAACACGCCGUGCAAGAUGCGCGUGUACGUCGAGAACGGCCAGCUCCGCCCCUUCAGCGCCGUCGUCGAGACGCCCCGCGGCCCAAACACGGUCGCCAUCCGCAACAUCGGCCAGAUCGAGUUCCCCCUCGCCGCAAACGUGGUGGCGGAGAACGUGGACGCGCCGUCGGCCGAGUGCCUCGACACGCGCAUGACCAUCCAGGGCGGCGCCCUCCGCACCUACCCCUUCGACCCCUCGGUGGAGAGCGUCCAGGUCCUGCUCAAGACGGACGGCAGGCCGCUCAACGCGCGGAUCGAGCUGCUGCAGGGCCCUAACAACAACAAGCAGGUGAUCGAGCUGUACACGGAGGACGGCCUCGACCGGCCCUUCUUCUGCAUCCUCGAGACGCCCGGCUCGGGCAACGUCGUCCGCGUCGUCAACACCGCCCCCGUCGAGUUCCCGAUGACUGCCGGGGUCGUGCCUAACUCCAUCAACCAGCAGAUGUCGUCCGACGCCGUCCUCGGCGGCGACGUCGUGCUCGGCGGCGACGCGGGGUGGUGACCGGCGCGUGCGCAAGUUUCAUGCGCGCUGCCCUGAGUGGGCGGCGAGACAAUAGAGAGAGAUGUUUGUGCGAUCUGGUGUGCGCAGAAUGUCAGUCGCAUUUAGGAGCGGUCUUGUGUUGGGCACAGCAUUCACGAAGAUUUAUUAUCAUUC